AUGGCGGAGUCUUCUCCCCGAUCGCGGCAAAGCUCCUUUGGAACCGACCCUUGUGAACGAUUUGAGCUGAAUCCCUUCAGGAUUGCGAUCUCGUUUCAGAAGGAGAGCUGCAUUCACUGCGGCCGGCUCUGGACGGAUCACGAAAGAGUCAGUGCUGAGGAUGUUUUUGAAGGAAAUCUGCAAGUCUUUCGCAAGGCUUCAGAUUUGUUGCAGAGAGGCUCCAAAAGUGGAGAAUGGUUGCUUGAUGGCGAAGAAACAAAGGGCCACACCUCUUCAGGUGACGAUGAUUUGUUCCAGAUGAUGUCACCGAACUCGUUGGAAAAAGUCAAUGCAGAAUGUCAAGGUUCACGGGAAAUUCCCGGAACGACCAAAGUCUACAGUUUCAUCGACUUCAAGGAGUGCAAUGUCCCGAACCGGGCGCAGUCGGGCGAUAGGCUUUGCGAGGAGGAUUUGAGACAGGCCCUGCAGGCAGCGCAAGAUGAGGUGUUGAACCUUCGACAACGUUGCGAAGCCUUGGAGGCCCAGAAAAUGGGCGCGUUGCUGGAUGCUGACCGCUUGUGCCGGGACUUGGCUCACGAGGGAUCGCCAGAGACAGCACCAGAAGCUGCACGGCCCAGCUGUGGCCUCCGAGAAUUGGAAGAGCUGCAGAAGAGCUGCGCCUUGGCCAUUGCUCGUCUGAAGGAGGCCCCUGAAGGCCCGAAAUCGGGGGAGAGUCCGGUCCCAACUCCGUCGAUGGAGGAUCCAGCCCAAGCGAAACGGUCGAAACGGUCGCCGCCGGAACCUCUCGGGGUUCCGGCGCCGGAGUCGCCGAGGUUUCUGCCCAAACGUCUGCAUGGCGCUGCUGUGUUGACGCAGCUGGCGCCGGAGGUUUACCGGGUGGAGAAUCGCUUGCACGCGGCCACGCGGGGCUUAGCGUACCGCCGGAGUAAGUGUCCCACGGAUGUGGAUCCGAGCCUGGUGGCUCCCUGGGGCUCCACGGUCAGCGGCCGAGAUUCUGGGGACUGGAUCCAGUGUGAGGCGCACGUGUCGUUUUGGGCGCCGUGGGCGGAAGUGCCACAGGAACCGGAAGUUCUCGAAGAGGGCAUCGUGGACAGUGUCAGGCAGUGGGGAUCCUGGGAGGUGGUGAUGCAAGAUAUCUCUUGGGGAUGUCAGCUCACGGCAGUUUCAUCCGAUCUUGAAGGCGCGGCUCGUGAUGAACAAGGGGUGGAAACAGACAGUGAACAAGAAAGUGAAGAUAGCAGUGAUAGCGAUGGAGACAACAAGGAAGUUUGCAAAGUCAACAAGAGUGUGCGAGUGGCAAGUUAUCUCUAUGCUCUGUCGCGCGUGCAAGAAAGUGCUGAGAGGAAACAUAGCCUGCGUCAACGCCAGAAGGAAGCUGAAACAUCUGGCCGAGUUUGGACUGAAGAUGUUGGUGACGCCGAGGAGCACCGAAAGCUGCACCAAGCGCUUUACAAUCGCUACAAGGACUUAAUCGACUUGGACGUGCAGAAGGAGUGGGUUGAUCCAAAGGCGCACAUUAUCUGGGAUGUGGACCACCCGGACCACAUUCGUUGGAUGGAUCAGCAUUCGUUGGAUAAAGCGGAUGAUCGAUGUGCCAAGGUGUGGAUUCAGCGUCUUAAUGACCUGACGGUGCAACAGUUUGUGGACAACCUCACGCGACUUCAGGAUGAGUGGAGCCAAGAGGGGUUGAUUUCCUACCUGAAGAGCCUGACGGUUGAAGUGGACAGUCAUCGACUCCAGUGCCACUUCCACAAGAUGAAGUACGGAGGGAACGCGGAGUGGCCUCUGCGAAUACUGGAAGGACCAGCUUCAACCCUGGUGAUGCGACUACCGAAGAAUCGUGCUGAACGAAGGAACUUCCUGAGAUUCAACAUUUGUUUCCACGAAAGCUUCAAGUAUUGUGGUUGCAUCGACGGUGCCUAUGAAUGCCUAUCAGCUCUUUGGAGGUGUUUCGCGCAGUGCUUCGGAAUGCGCUAUGUGACCUUCGACUGCGGCUUCAGCAUCAGCCCGGCCAAGAAGUUGUUGAUGUGCUCGGAUCGCGAGAUGGCUGUGCUGCUACGGGAGCUCACAGAUCUGGGCUCUGACAGUGACGUUUUCACCACGGUUUUUGCCUGCAACCUGGUCCUGGCAGCAGAAAUGCGGGUGAGACCUAUGUUCAAGUUUGUGAUCUUUAAGGACGCGCUCUUCAUCGUGCUCCUUGCAAAUGUGGGCUACGAUGUUCGAAAUGAAAAUGUGCCAGGAACACUGGUGGUUCUACUGAUUUUUUUCUUAACGUUGAUGGACUUCUUUCGAGCGUUUCUGAGAGUUUGCUUCUACUGCAAUGCCUGGUGCAAGUACAAACUCAGCAUCGCUAAAGCGACCUUCUCCACUUUAGCAUUGUUGGUGGUUGAGACGAUGUCCAUCAUCUUCGUUGGUUGCUACAUCCUUGGCAUUGUCUGGAACGAGUGGCAUUUGCACGGCGAUCAAUUCCACAGUUGGCAACGCUUCCUGGAACGGCGCAUCGAAAUGUGGUGCACCCCACACAAAACUCACGAGGACUCAUAUUUUGCAACUCAUCCCAACUUUCUGGCUCUGUUAGUUCUUUGUCGCUGGACCAUGUUCAUCAGCAGCUUGCAGUUGAUCGACAUGAUCGGGCGAAACGUGGUUCCCCUGGCGCAUUCCGUGACGCGACCGGCCUCGGUCGUCUUCAUGUUGUUCCUGACGAUGUCACUCUUUGCGACCUUCCACGCCUACUUUGUGUUUCCCUUGUAUCGAAAGACGGACCUGGACUCCGUUUUGGAGGGCUUCAUCGACAUGUUCCGCCUGGAAAAGUUGUCCGAUUUUGAUUUGGCCGAGUUGCAAAACAUGCACAAAAACAUCAGUGGAAAGUUCAGCGGUUCGCAGUUCGAAGGUGGCAUUGAAGAUUCAGGCAACCAACGGUUUCAUCAAGGCAUUCGAAUUGGCUUCGUGAUCAUCAGUCUGAGCCUCUCAGUGGUAGCGAUGAACACAUACAUCGGCCUGUUGGGAGAGCUCUACAGCGAAGCUGUGAAGAAGAAGAAUCAGAUCUACAAUCACUAUUUGGCUGCGGUGAUGUGGCCACAUUUGUACAUGCGGCCAGUACUUCUCUACUUUUGCGGUGGCCGAGCGGAUGCAGAGAGCCCAGAGAGCGACGAGCAAUGGGGUGUCGACGACCCUGAUGAAAGGGACUCUGCACAGGAGCUAUGUUGGAUGUUCUAUGAUCGACGCUACGCCUUCGAUGGUGUGUCCUGA